UGUGUAUUCUAGAGGAUAGAUAAGCAAGUGCAAAAAUGGGAAAAGCAUCGAGAGAUAAAAGGGAUAUCUAUUACCGCAAAGCAAAAGAAGAAGGCUGGCGUGCACGAAGUGCCUUCAAGCUCCUUCAAAUUGAUGAGGAGUUCAACAUCUUUCAAGGUACAUUUCAUAUCAACUCACUCUGAGUUAUUAUCAUUAUUGAAAUGAUUUUUUUACCAUGAUGCAAU